UCGUAUCGACCAGACCAGCCGCUAAAGAGUAAAGAGGACAAGAUGGCAAACGAUUGCGGCGAUUCCGAUAAAAGAUUUCAGCCUGCUUCAAUGUACUUUAAAUUGGACAGUGCAAUGAUGGUGGAUAGAGAUAGUGAUUCUGCCACUGCCGAUAACGAGGUUUCCAAGCCAUUUGAGUCCGCUAGCAUGUUUUUUCCGGUCGAUGCUCAAGGAGUGAUUCAGCUGAAACUGCUGCCGCCAUUAGUCUGCAUAUUACAUCAUGUGGAUUUUAAGAACAAUCCUGGCAAGAGACGCGAAGGAAGCUCACAGGAUGUGGAGGCUUUGAAGAAAACGUUUGGCAGCCUAAAGUGCCAGAUUAUAGAAGUUCCUAAUCCGACAUUAGCUGUGGUUAAGGAGAAAGUUGCAGAAUUGGCUUUGAAGGAAUUCGACCAACUGUCCGGCCUGGUCAUUAUAAUCUUGAGCCAUGGCGAGCGAAAGGAGAAGAUCGAAUCGUGCGACGGUCAGAUGUACGACUUGGAUGAUGAUGUACUGUUUCCACUUCGCGACAAUAGCACCCUGAAGGGCAAACCCAAAAUCCUAAUAGUCCAGGCGUGCAAGAACAAAAGGCUUGAGGCGGAUUCUUCGAGAAUUGAACCGGAUCACUCUUACUAUAUGAAGUGCUACAGCACCACCGAGGGUAUGAAAAGCUAUCGUGAUCCAGUUGAGGGAUCGAUUUUCAUACAAACCCUGUGCACUGCAAUGGAUCAGCAUGCCCUUACAAAGGAUUUUAAGGUCAUUAUGGAGGAAGUAAACGCUAUGGUCGAGAUAGAAUCCGCACGAACGGGAUAUAGGCAAGUACCAGCAUUAUUAUUUUCACCAUGGACACCAUACUGUUUUGGAGAUUAUGAACUGCAUUUGCAACUGCAACUGCAGCAGUCAGGUAAUAAAACACAGUAUGAAAUGCUUUGUGGAUUGCCAAAUUGCUUGUAUGAGGGAGUUCCCCGAAGCUGUGGACAGCAGCCAGUUCAUAAAUAAAUGCCUAUUGUGCACAUUUGAUUCAUGGAUUAGGUCAGCAGAUAACCGAAGUUCAGGCAGAAGAUUGUGCAGUACUCACGGAUAACCUCAAUGAUAAUAUUUUAUUUUUAUUUUAAAGAUAACAAUAACAUUAUAAAAAAAUCUCAAGUGAACCCUAAUAGUAUCUUAUGAUUUUUAUAAUCUUAUAAUAU